AUGGAAAGGAUAAGGGAUAGAAAUGGAAUUAGACACUAUCUGAGGUCAUACUAUGUUGGUUGCGAGGAUAAACCAGAAGGCAGCUUAUGGGCAUACAAAUACAAGCCAACUAAGGCCGUUGAGGUAUGUGGUAAUGACGAAGCUGUGAAUUUCUUGAGUGACUGGCUACAUCAGUGGCAUGAAAGACGUUGCAAUCCCAGGAAGGAGACAUCUAAUAGGGAUACAAGGGUCAUGCAAGAUGAUGAUGAUUAUAUCUGUUCUGACAGUGACUAUGAUUCAGAAGAUAUGAAUGAAGAGGAUUCUCUGCAGAAUGUUCUUUUAAUUACAGGACCAACAGGGAGUGGCAAGUCUGCAGCAGUCUAUGCUUGUGCCAAAGAGCAAGGCUUUGACAUAUUAGAGCUCAAUGCAUCAGAUUGUAGAAAUGGGACUGUUGUAAAGCAGUAUUUUGGAGAUGCCCUUGGUUCACAUGGGUUCAAAAGGUUAUCAGAACAUACUUCGAGUUCACAGAAGAUAACUACAAAUUUCCCCCCAGCUCCUGCUUUGAUUAAUGAUAAAGCUGCGGAUGAGGUGAAUGACGGAAUAGUUGAACUAAUAACCUUAUCUGAUGAUGAAGCUCGUAGCCCAUGUAAAACAUCCCAAAAGUUACUUGGCAAGAAUGAUGUUGUUGCAUGUGAUAAAGUUCAAACUUUGAUUCUGGUUGAGGAUGUGGACAUACUCUUUCCUGAAGACCGUGGAUGUAUUGCCGCCAUACAGCAGAUUGCCGAGACAGCAAGGGGUCCAAUUAUAUUGACCAGCAAUAGCGACAAUCCUGGCCUUCCAGAUAAUUUUGAUAGGCUUCAUGUUUCGUUCUCAUUGCCAACACCAAAGGAGUUGAUUUGCCAUUUGUACUCUGUUUGUCUUGGAGAAGGAGCCCCCAUCCAUCCUCUUCUACUGGAGAAGUUUAUACAAUCCUGUGAUGGAGACAUCCGGAAGACCAUUAUGCAUCUUCAGUUCUGGUUGCAGAGUAAAAUAUUCAGUAAAGAUCUAAAAGCACAGACUGACAAUGUCUCACUUCCAUUUGAUCUUGAGGGUGGUCAUCAGAUACUACCAAAGAUAAUGCCGUGGGAUUUCCCUUCAGAGAUAUCUGAACUAAUUGAGAAUGAAUUUGUCAAAUCAGUAAAUAUAAUGGAAGAGAACUGCAGUAUGCAAGGGUUAGUUGAAGAAGAGCUUCUUCACAUAAAUGAAAGGCAAAAUGAUUCAGAUGAGCAAUAUAUGGAGACUGAUUAUAUAAAAGCCAAGAAGGUGGAGAUGAUUAAGAGAAACGGGUCUGUAACAGAUUACGGUGAGCUUGAAAUUCAAUACAAUGCUAUUUCCGAGUUUCCCAAUUCUUCUGAAUCUCCUGAAGCAUCCCAUCUGCAAAAUGGUCGAAGGAAACUUGUAGUAAUGUCCUCUGAUUCUGAGGAGGAGGAUUCAAAUAACCAAUAUCCUCAAGACACAAAGCAUGAAGCUAACAAGAGACAUUCCAUCAAAGGAAAUAAUGAAUGUACCUCUGAGAUUCAGCUGAAUGAAAACUGCCCCAGCACAUCUUUUCGUAAGCUGGUCUGUUCUGAAUUGGAGGAUUCAGACGAGGAACGCGAUAAAUAUUCAAAAGCAGCUGAUGUUACAUGCAUAAAUGAGACAUCUAAGUCAUUUGAUAUAUCCUGUGUACCAGAAUCAUCUUUUGUUCCUGAAACUGCUAUUGAAAGCGGAACAGAUACAACGUCUGGAGCAGUGUCUUCUCGUCACUGUCUAGAAGUUUCUAUGAAUGAGUUGAAACCGUUCACUUUAUGUGCUCGGAGGCGGUUAACAAAAUUAUCACACAAUUCAGAUAUGUUGACGGAUGCUGAAAUUCCAGAUUCUUCUCCAAAAGAGGCUCUACAAGAUUUUCUAGAUGAAAAUAUGGAAACUACAAUUAUUAAGGUGAUGGAUGAGUGCAGUCGCGUGGAUUUCAAAUUAAAGUCAACAUUUGUCGAGUCAAGUCCAUUAUUGGAGACAGAUAUAGUACAGAAUUUAUGGAAAAAGCUUCGACAAAUGGAUUUAAGACAGCAUACUAUCUCAGAACAGCUAGGAGCUUCUGAAGUUGUUAAACUUGCUAGUGGGUUGAGCAAUUUAAUUUCAGAAGCUGAUUUGUUUCACAAUUACCAACAUAAACAUGAUAUUUUGGAGCCCCAGAGUCUUGAUUCUAAUGAAGCUACAACUAGUUGUUAUAAUGACGAAACAAUGAUGUACACAGUUGCUGUACAUGGGUUUUGUUUUUAUGUUAAACUUAUAGCAGAUGUUGGAUCAAAGUUGGGUUGUGCAAACAUGAUUGAUUUAACUUCUGAGAUGUUGGCUUCCACAACUAAUACAAUGACACUGGGGAAACUAUCCAUUCAGGAUCUUGCCAAAAGCACUGUUAUUUAUACUGGGAAGGAAUUAGAGUUGAACAACCCCAUAAGUAAUGUGAAGAAGAGUGAAAAUAAAUCAUCUCUGUUUGAGGUUGUCCAAUCCAUUGUUCCUGAAAGAAUAUCCUUAGCAGCACUGAAAGGUGAUAUCUUCUAUGAAUAUCUAUCUUCAUUGCGCCAAAUUUCAAGGUCAGAAGCAGUCCGUGUUUCACAAUGUGUUGAAAAGAAGAGAAGAGGAAGGUCGCAGGGUUUUCAACAUUAUUUAAGCAGAUGUACAACGCUGUCUCCGGAAGCUAUAACAUUGGUCAGUGAUGGUGAUUUGUACAAAAAGAUUUCUUCACAACAUACAACUAACGUGGAAAGUACACCAUUAUAG